AUGGGAGGAAAUCCCCCUUCACACCUCCAGGCACCAAAUGCAGCCUGUGUGGUUCUAACUCCCCCUCCCCCAAUUAAUGUCCAGACUUCUUUUCCUGGGAAUCUCCACCUUGUGAUGGUUCUACGUCCCACUGGGUUUUUCCAGCGCACUUUUACCGACAUUGGUUUCCGGUUUAGCCAAGAGGACUUCCUUCUCAAACUUCCGGUGGUAAUGCUGAGUUCCGUCAGUGAACUACUGACAUACAUCGAUGAAAAGCAAUUGACACCCGAAUUCGGAGGCACCUUGGAGUAUUGCCAUAGUGAGUGGGUCAUCUUCAGAACGGCUAUAGAAAGCUUUGCACUCACGGUGAAGGAAACCGCUCAGAUGUUGCAAUCUUUUGGCAUGGAGUUAGCUGAAACACAACUGCCGGAUGAAACUUAUUCCAUUGAGCGCAUCCUGGCCCUGCGGACGGAGAAAUACUAUCAGCUAAAGGAAGACAUCACUGCAGUUACCAAAGAAGGGAAGAUGUUGUUGUGUAGUUUAGAAGAACCAGACAUGGAAGGUCUGGAAGAGGACAAGCAACAAGAGAGAUCCAGUGACUGGGAGACUGUCCAUCGCUUACUCACCCAACUUCACGAGAUGGAGACAGCUUUUGAUGGAUUCUGGGAGAAACAUCAGCUGAAGAUGGAGCAAUACUUGGAACUGUGGAAGUUUGAGCAGAAUUUCCAAGAGCUCAGUAAAGCCCUGGAAUUCUUAACAACCCAGCAGCGGGAAUUGUUAGACACGGGAGAAAACCUCGCUCAAGUGACGCAAAGGCUCUCAGAGUUGGAUAACUUGGAGCAAACAGCACAAGAUCUAACAGCAAAAGCUCACGUUGUGAUUCUUCACGGACACCAAAUGGCGGCCAGCCACCAUUAUGCCCUCAACCUGAUUUGCCAGCAGUGCAACGAGUUGCGCUACCAUUCAGACAUCUUGCUGGAGGAAAUCAAAAGGAAACACAACAGGCUCCAGCAAACAUCAGACCUCCUCACUUCUCUGCAGCAGGCCCUGGAAUGUUGCGAUGAAGGUGUGUAUCUUCUAGCCAACCAGCCACUGGACAAAUGCCAGUCCCGGGAAGGAGCUCAGAAAGCUCUCCAAGACAUAGAGAAGUUCCUUGAGAGUUCUUCACUGCAUUUAAACAUAGAUCCUCAAGCCCUAUCUUCUAAUUUUCAUCUCAUCUUAACACCAGAACUCAAGGCUCGGGUACAGAUGGUCCAGAUCAAGCUGGAGAAUGUGCGCAGCAUGUUUGAGAACCGGCAGACUUGCUUCAGGAAGCUUGCGGACAAGCAAGUCCGUCCAGUGCAGCUUGUAGCACCCCGGCCAGAAUGUCCAGCCCGGUCUAAAUCUCCGCUGUUUUCCCCCAAACAUGGUGUGGAUUUCAAUUCCAGUUUGAAAUUCUCCUUCGAUAUCUCUCUACCGGGCAAGAAAACUUCAAGGAAAUCUCAAAAUUCUCGCAAGAUUGAAGUCGUCCACAAUUACCAAGAGAAAAGAAAUUCCUUGCAGUACUACAUCACGGAAAGUGAAGACAGUUUAGACAUGUUGAAAAGCCACGUCAUACACGAACUGAUACAAACAGAACGAGUGUACGUCGAGGAACUUUUCACAGUUUUGAUGGGGUACCGAGCUGAGAUGGACAACCCUACCAUGGCCUUCCUCUUACCUCCCCUUUUGAGAAGCUGCAAAGAUGUUCUCUUUGGAAACAUGCCUGAGAUCUAUGACUUCCACAACAACAUCUUCCUCCAUCACCUGGAAAGCUGCCUUGAAGCUCCAGAGAGAGUUGGGUGCUGCUUCUUGGAAAAGCGGGAGGAUUUUCAGAUGUACGAGAAGUACUGUCAGAAUAAACCACAGUCAGAAUCUCUCUGGAGGCAGCACGCCGAGAGUCUCUUUUUCCAGGAGUGCCAGAAGAAGCUAGAACACAAGCUCAGUCUGGAUUCAUAUUUGCUCAAACCAGUACAGAGACUAACCAAGUACCAGCUGCUUCUCAAGGAGCUGCUGAAGUAUAGCACGAGCUGCGAAGGUGUGCAGGAAUUGCAAGAAGCUUUAGUUGCCAUGCUGGACUUGGUCAAGUCCGUCAACGAUUCCAUGCAUCAGAUUUCCAUCACUGGCUACGAUGGAGACCUUGGUGAGCUUGGCAAAGUCUUGAUGCAGGGGUCCUUCAGCGUGUGGGUGGGCCACCGGAAGGGCCCAACGAAGAUGAAGGACCUGGCUCGCUUCAAGCCCAUGCAAAGGCACCUGUUCCUCUACGAGAAAGCCCUGGUCUUCUGCAAGAAAAGAGAAGAGCACUGUGACAGCUAUGACAAGAGGUCGUCCUACAGCUUCAAGCACUUUUUGAAAAUGAAUGCUGUUGGAAUCACAGAAAACGUGAAGGGAGACCCUCGCAAGUUUGAGAUCUGGUACAGCGGCCGAGAAGAAGUCUAUGUUGUGCAGGCACAAACCUUUGACCUGAAGAUGACCUGGCUAAAUGAAAUCCGAAAGGUUUUGUUCAAGCAGCAACAGCUUAUCAAAGAUGAGAAGCAAGUGUCACCUUUGUGUACUGAUACAAUUCAACUUUCUCCUCCAUUGAGUGAUGGGAAAAAGCCCAGAGCUUCUCUAAGCUCAGAGGAGAAUGAUUCUGAACGUACCAGCCCCGUAGCCGUGGAGAACUUCGCUGCCUCUUCCCAGAGCAAACCUAGCAAACCUUGGACAGGCAUGUCCCAUUCAUUAGAAAUCUGUGAAGGUCUUGAAGAGUGGUCCAGUCACCAUUACUUCUCAACCUGCUCUGACACUGAAGAAGAAGAUGGCAAUCAACUGUCUCCAGGAAAAUAUAAAGCCUUAGCAGAUUGCAAGAAGAGAGACUCGGAUGAACUUCUGGUGAAGAAUGGGGAUGUCAUUCAGCUCUUGCAUGAAGAUGGAAAGGGUCAGUGGUUGGUCAAAAACCUCAACCGAAGUAAAGAAGGCUGGGUGCCCACCAACAGCCUGCAGAUAAUCCUUGGGGACUGUAGGUUUCGGAGCACUGGAGUCACAGACGCUGCUCAGGAUAGGCUGAGGAAGUUAAGCUCCCCCUGAAUUUAAUGAAUUAAGGCCCAGCCCUUUGUGAAUUCUCCAUUGGAGACCCUGGAAUGGUAACAAGGGACAGAGUGGCCAAUUAGAACUUAUUCGGUCAUCUACCAUCCUAAUUAAGGGACAGCCCUUGGCUGUUCUGGUCUGGGCUCAGAAGCUAAGCAGGAUCGAGCCUGGUUAAUCCUUGGAUGGGAGAACAUCAAGGGGCUAGGCUAGAGGGGAAGUUGGAAAACCUUCCAGAAGAAGACGAUGGCAAUGUGGUUGAGGAAACUCUAUGGACGUAUCCCUGUAAGCAUCACAAGUUGACCUCAACUUGAAAGAAGCUUUACUUUUUCUAUCAUCAAAACAUCACAUCCUCACCAAGUGGGGCCAUGACUGGCAGCCAUUCUUUCCUCUUCUUUUUCAUUUUCCUUCCUUCCCUUACUUCUGGGGAACCUCCAUUGUUUUUGACCCAAGGAUGAGACCUCAUCUUCCUCUCUACAGCAUUCCUUUGAGAAGGCAUUUAUUUGACGGUUCCGUGGCUUUGGGGCAGGUUGAAGGAUGAGGUUCUGGUUUUUUUUCCCAACCACCCUUUGCUGGGAUUGGCUGGUCUUGACUAAGAUCUUGUGGGGUCUCAAGGAAGCCAACUUCAGUAGGUUUUGCAGGAACUUUGAGGUCAGUAAAAUGCCCUUCUGUUUUUGCUAUCGAGAGUCUAAAGAACUUGGCAUCCAUGGGUUGUGUCUCAAGACUUGGUCAUUUGGCAGUUCCAGAUUGUAGACAUUUCACUGUGGAUUCUGUGGCCAAGGGUCUAGCAAAGUUUGCACGGGGAUUUUUAAGGGGUUGGGGGGAACAUAUGUGCCAUAACUAAAUCCAGAAUCCCAUUUGCACUAUAUGUAUUACGAAUGUCCUUGUCGGUAGUAAGACUAUAAGCUUUGGCUCUUUAAGAGCCCACUUGUACUUAGGCAAGAAUUGAAGGCUUUUUAAAAG